AUGGCGGCAAAGAUAACAUACUACUGCCGAGAAGGCUAUCACCGGGCGAUGCAGAAUGCUGCUCUAGAAGGAAUGAAACGGUUUGCUGGGGACACUGUGUUUCGAUUCUACUUUGGACUGUCACUUGUAUGUGAGGGACGUGUUCAGGAGGGGAUCCGGGAACUUGAUAGACUCCAGAGUGAUUCAGAAGUGAUGCUUGGGGCAAUGCUGGCCUUGAUUCAUGCACAUAAACGUUGUGCUACAGUUGACAAGGAGGCCGUCAUGCAGCUGGAUGCAAAAUUGAAGGAGGAAAGAAAGAAGGCUGGUGACAAGGCUCUGCACUUUGCUGGAGUUUUCCUCUUUUUGAAUGGGAGAUAUGACAAGGCAAGGGAAUAUGUGGAUCGUCUGCUCAAGAUUAAUAGCCAAUCUCGUGAUGGUCUUGUGCUGAAAGGAUGGAUUGAACUUGGUGCUGGCAAGGAAUCUAAGGAUGUGAAGAAUGCUAUCAACUUCUUCGAAUCCAUUCCUAAUGCAAAUCGGGACAUUGAUGCAAUGCUUGGGAAGGCCAAGUUCUAUGAACUGGUUCACAGCUUUGACCAAGCAUUGGAAUGCCUGAAUCAGUUGGUGGUGUCAUACCCUUCAUUUGUGCCUGCCCUUUUGGAGAAGAUGAAAAUCCAGCUUGCCUUGAAAGACUGGGUACAAGCAUCUGACAGUGCAGAAAGGGCACUGAUACUAGACCCAGGGUCCUUGGAAGGAAAGCGAUUCAAGAUCCUGAAUACCAUGUGCCAUCAGGGGAAUUAUCAUGAAUCAACACUUCUCCUUAAGGAGUUCUUCAGUGAUCUUGAACAACAUGAGCCCAGGAAUGGGGACCUCUUCAUGCGCAAUGCUCAGCUUUUCUCCAGACUUUGUGGAAGACAUCAAGGGAUCCUGCAUGAAGCAUACAGGCUGGCUGAGCGAGCAGCCCAGCUGGACCCAUCGAAUGCUGAUCGUCUCACAGAACUUGGCUAUCAAUGCCUCUUGCAAGAGAAUGUCUCUCAGGCUCUCAAGUUCUUCAGGAAUGCCACCAAGAUGGAUGAAUCUUCUAUAUCUGCCUUGACUGGUACUUUGCACUGUCAGUUGCUGGAGGGGCAUCUUCAAUCAGCUGAGCAGCAUCUGGAGUUCCAGUUGGAGGUCUCCCGGUCAGUUGGCACCAGCCCAGAAAUAUACUACCUCAGCGCCCUUCUAGGUCGACUGAAGGGGAGCAAGAGUUCUGAAGAAAUUAUUGGGAUUUUGACUGAUGCAAUCGAGACACACUUUCGUGCCAUUCGUUCUGUCCCAUUUGGAGUGGAGUACCUGAUUCAACUGAAUCCAGAUUUCUUGCUUCUUGUUGUGCGGGAGCUCCUGCUCUAUGCCCCCACCCAUCCAGUGGCAAAAAGCCAGGCAAUUCCUCCAGCACUUGAAAGGAGUCGUCAGGUCUUGGAACCGGUGACCAAAGUCUGUCCUGGAAUGCGAGAUGGUCUCUUCCUUCUUGCACGUGUCCGAUUCCUUCGUGGAGAAAUCUCUGAGGCAUCCUCCCUUCUCCAGGAGAUUUUGGAGGACAUUGACCCAACAUUCAGUGAUGCUCAUGUCCUCAUGGCCCAGAUCCAGCUCCAGCAGGGAUUCUUCAAGCAGGCCUCCCAAUCCCUAGAGGUUGGCCUCAGCUACAACUUUGAGAUUCGGGAGCACCCAAUAUACCACUUGAUCAAGGCCAGAAUCCAGAAGAAGCAGGGUCAGAUGGAGGAAGCUAUUGUGACUCUGAGGCAGGCCAUGGCUCUGCCUGGCUUCAAGGUCAAGCCCAGUGAAAAGAAUGAGAGCAGUCCAAAUCGAUUGCCUGAUUCUGAGAGGGCAGCCAUAUACUUGGAGUUGGCUGAUGCACUUCGUAUGAACAACCAGAACCAAGAAGCUGCUAAGGUCAUGGAAGAAGCUCGAAAUGAAUUUCGGGGAACUGGUGAGGAAGUGAGGGUGUCAGUCUCAAAUGCAGACUUGGCCCUUGCUAGGGGGGAUGUAGAGGGGGCUAUUGCUGUCCUCAAGCGCAUUGGACCUGACCAGCCAUAUUACAUUCAGUCAAGGGAGAAGAUGGCCUCUAUCUACCUUCAAUAUCGCAAAGAUCGACGUAUGUAUGCUGCCUGCUACAGAGAGAUAGUGGAGAAGGAUUCAAGCCCCCAAAGCUAUCUUCUUCUGGGAGAUGCCCUGAUGGGGAUUCAGGAGCCAGACAAGGCCAUUGAGGUGUAUGAGCAAGCCCUAAAACGGAACCCUCGGGAUGCCAUCUUGGCUGGGAAGAUGGGACAGGCUCUUAUCAAGACUCAUCAGUAUGGCAAGGCCAUCAACUACUAUAAGGAGUCUAUCCGCAAUGACAACAACAACAGUCUCAGACAUGACCUUGCUGAGUUGCAGAUGAAAUUGAGACAAUAUGAGAAGGCAGAGAAGACUCUGGUAAAGGCCCUAGAAGUGGAGGGAUCCAGUAAUGAAAUCAACUCUCUUACCAUGCAAGCCAAGCUGCUUGCUCUCCUUGCCAAGGUGCAGGAGAAAGCAGGCAUGCUUGAGUCAGCCUUGUCUUCUCUUAACAGUGCCAGGGACAUCCAGUCUCGGGUGCUGCAGCGGGCACAGGUUGAGCAGCCUGAUGCUGCCAAUGAACAGAAACAACUUGCUGCCAGCAUCUGUCGUCAGAUGGCAGAGCAUGCAGUGUCAGAGCGGCAACAUGAUAAGGCAAUCCGGAUGUACAAGGAAGCACUUAGUGCUUCCCCAGAUGAUGCUGUCUCUCUUCUUGCCCUGGCCCGUCUCUACAUGACUGUUGGAGAUCUGGAUCAGUGUCAGUUGACCUGUAUGACCCUCCUUCGACAGGACAAGGAGAAUGAGUCCGCCACUGUCAUGAUGGCUGACCUGGCAUUCCGAAAGAAUGAUUAUGAAACAGCCAUGUUUCACUUUCAGCAGAUCCUUGAAAAAAAGCCAAACAAUUAUGAGGCACUGGCACGUCUUGUAGAGCUGAUGCGACGAACAGGAAAUCUUGAUGAUUGCACCCCUUUCCUCAUUAAGGCUGAAAAAGCCUCUUCUCGAUCUGCACUUGAUGCUGGCUAUCAUUUCUGCAUUGGCCUCCAUGAAUGGUACACAGGAAACCCUGAGGGGGCCCUGAAGUCAUUCAACAAGGCACGUCGAGACAAUGUCUGGAGCCAGAGGGCCAUUCGCAAUAUGAUUGAGAUAUGCCUCAAUCCAGAUAAUGACACUAUUGGUGGAGAAACUUUUGAGUCUGUGGAUGGAAAUUUGUCCCAAUCAGAUGCUCGUGAUGCAAGGGAAAUGGCCCUGCUUACAGCCGAGAAGCUCCUUCGAGAACUGUUGCCUAAGGGGAACUUGGAGGCAGUGGAGAAGACAUUAUUGGAAAACUUUGCUCUCAUGGCCACUAAAAAUAAGGCCAAUAUUGAGAAGGCUCUGCAGGACUGUCUGCGCAUUGCCCAGGAUGAGGCCUACAAGGAGCAUGUUGGUGCCAUCCUUGGAGUUGCCACUGCCUACAUGCUCCUCAAGCUAACCCCAAAAGCAAGGAAUCAGUUGAAGCGUGUGAGCAAGAACCCAUGGUCAUUUGAGGAUGCAGAAUACCUGGAGAAGGCCUGGCUCCUUCUAGCUGACAUCUAUGUCCAGAAUGGGAAGUAUGACAUGGCCACUGAGAUUCUCAGAGCUCAGAGGGUGUUGGAACAUAACAAGUCCUCCACAAAGGCAUAUGAAUACAUGGGCUACAUCAUGGAAAAGGAGCAGUCCUACCGGGAUGCAGCCUAUCACUAUGAACAAGCAUGGAAGUAUUCCACCCAGGCCAACCCUGUCAUUGGUUACAAACUGGCUUUCAACUACAUGAAGGCGAAACGUUACGUGGAUGCGAUCGAUGUGAGCCGCGCCGUCUUGGGCAAGCAUCCUGAUUACCCCAAGAUCCGCAAAGAGAUCCUGGAGAAGUCCCGAGAUGCCCUUCGACGUUGAGAAUUUCUGCUCCUCCUCAGUUGAUCUCAGUUUCCUUUUUUUGUUGCUUCUUUUCAUUUUUAUUUUUCGUCGUUGUGCCAUUUCUUGCAUUCCAUCCGUCCAGUUGCCUGUGAUGCACUUUUUACUAUAAUCCUUGUGAUAGCUGUAUCUCUUGUACCUGCUCAUCAUUCCUGUCUGUCUGAAGUUUGUCACGAUGUCGACGAUGAAACGAAGAUGUUGCAGCU